GAUGGCGGCAUCGGCGUCAGCAGCAUCGCGCCCGCCUCCAUCAUGGCGGCUACCGGGCCCCGCCUUCCCCUCCCCACGCACCGGAGUCAUGUGACCCACACAAUGGCUGAGUGCCUGCUCAAGGCUUCCCGGCAACGCCGAAUGAAAGUCAUGACGGCUGCCGCGGGUUUGGCGGUCCGCGCCGCGGAGGCCCUGCUGCUGUGCACGCUGCUGGCGCCCGGCGGCGCAUACGUGCUCGACGACUCCGACGGGCUGGGCCGGGAGUUCGACGGCAUCGGCGCGGUCAGCGGCGGCGGGGCAACCUCCCGACUUCUUGUAAAUUACCCAGAGCCCUAUCGUUCUCAAAUAUUGGAUUAUCUCUUUAAGCCGUACUUCGGUGCCUCUUUGCACAUUCUAAAAGUGGAAAUAGGGGGAGAUGGGCAGACAACAGAUGGCACUGAGCCCUCCCACAUGCACUAUGCGCUAGACGAGAAUUAUUUCCGAGGAUAUGAGUGGUGGUUAAUGAAGGAAGCCAAGAAGAGGAACCCUAACAUCACACUCAUAGGGUUGCCGUGGUCGUUCCCUGGAUGGCUGGGAAAAGGUUUCAACUGGCCUUAUGUCAAUCUCCAGCUGACUGCCUACUAUGUCGUGACCUGGAUUGUGGGUGCCAAGCAUUAUCACGACUUGGACAUUGAUUACAUUGGAGUUUGGAAUGAGAGGUCAUUUGAUAUUAGUUAUAUCAAGGUUUUAAGAAAAAUGCUGAACUAUCAAGGUCUCCAGCAAGUGAAGAUCAUAGCAAGUGACAAUCUCUGGGAGCCCAUUUCUGCCUCCAUGCUGCUUGACUCUGAGCUCUUGGAGGCGAUUGAUGUUUUAGGGGCUCAUUAUCCUGGAACUCAUACAGUAAGGGAUGCAAAGUUAACUGGGAAGAAGCUUUGGUCUUCUGAAGAUUUUAGCACUUUAAAUAGUGAUGUGGGAGCAGGCUGCUUGGGUCGCAUAUUGAACCAGAAUUAUAUCAAUGGCUAUAUGACUUCCACAAUUGCUUGGAAUUUGGUGGCUAGUUACUAUGAACAGUUGCCUUAUGGGCGAUGCGGACUGAUGACUGCUCAGGAGCCGUGGAGUGGGCACUAUGUGGUAGAAUCUCCUAUCUGGGUAUCAGCUCAUACCACGCAGUUUACUCAACCAGGCUGGUAUUACCUGAAGACAGUUGGCCAUUUAGAGAAAGGAGGAAGCUACGUAGCUCUGACCGAUGGCCUAGGUAACCUCACCAUCAUCAUUGAAACUAUGAGUCAUAAACAUUCUACAUGUAUACGGCCAUUUCUUCCUUAUUUCAAUGUGUCACAACAGUUUGCUACCUUUGUUCUUAAGGGAUCUUUUAGUAAAAUACCGGAGCUGCAGGUGUGGUAUACCAAACUUGGAAAAUCAUCUGAACGAGUUCUUUUUAAGCAACUGGAUUCCCUAUGGCUCCUGGACAGCAGAGGUAGCUUCACACUAAAACUGCAGGAGGAUGAGCUAUUCACACUCACCACUCUUACCACAGGCCUCCGAGGCAGCCACCCACCUCCUCCACAGUCCCAGUCCUUCCCAAGUUCCUACAAGGAUGAUUUCAACAUUGAUUACCCAUUUUUUAGUGAAGCUCCGUACUUUGCUGACCAGACUGGUGUGUUUGAGUACUUCACGAACAUCGAAGACCCUGGGGAACAUCGCUUCACACUGCGCCAGGUUCUCAAUCAGCGGCCCAUCACCUGGGCUGCCGACGCAUCCAGCACUAUCAGUGUCAUAGGAGAUUACAACUGGACCAAUCUGACUAUCAAGUGUGAUGUUUACAUCGAGACCCCUGAGACAGGAGGUGUUUUCAUUGCAGGGAGAGUAAAUAAAGGUGGUAUUUUGAUUAGAAGUGCCAGGGGAAUUUUCUUCUGGAUUUUUGCAAAUGGAUCCUACAGAGUUACAGGUGAUCUAGCUGGGUGGUUUAUAUAUGCUGUAGGUCGUGCCAAAGUUACAGCAAAAACAUGGUAUACACUCACGCUAACCAUUAAGGGUCGAUUCACCUCAGGCAUGUUGAAUGACAAGUCUCUGUGGACAAACAUCCCUGUGAAUUUUCCGAAGAAUGGCUGGGCUGCGAUUGGAACUCACUCCUUUGAAUUUGCACAGUUUGACAACUUUCACGUGGAAGCCACACGCUAACACUAAUAGGGCUUUCUAGAGCACUCUUUGGAUUUUCUUUUUUUUUGUUUGGUUCAGAACCAGUACUUGUUUUGAUAGACAAUAUACGAGCCUUUGGAAGCUAAAAAUAAUGAAGAGUAAAUAGGGAGGAAAAAAUGUUUUUGCUUGAUCCUGUGGAAGGUUUUAUCAGAAGUAACUCUAAGGGGAAAACAGGUGAAUCUUCAACAUUACCUGGUGUGUUCCCUAAAAUGCAGUCUGUGCGUCAGUCCAGCGUAGGAGUGGUUUGAGGGGUUUGGACCUGGAAGCCUUGGUGCUGACACUGCAGUGGCUCCCUUGUUUUGAGUGAUCCUGCUGAUGGCAGUCACUGAUCCUUAUGGAGACGCAUUCGUGAGUGCUGACCAUGUGCCCAAGUGAGCUGGUGUCCUGUCCUGAGAUGAUGCUGCUGUGAUGGAAAGCCAGAGAACACUGGAAGUAGCUUUUUGAAAACCACCUCAAUGUAUUAUCCUUACAAUCCAAAAAGUAUUUGUUUCUUUUCCUUUUUAGAUGAUGCUUUUUAAUUAUGUAUAUGAGUGAGAUGACUAAAAAACUAUUAAUAAACUACCUCUAAUGCUGUUUCUGCAGUAAUAAAUAUUAGCUAAUUAACUGGG